AUGGCCGACAAAAGUUUCGAACCAACAUCCUCUUGUAAAGGUUAUUUUCUCGCAAGAGCCAGCACAGAACAUGUGCCGCACAUUCAAUCCAUAAUCAGAGCUGCGUACUCUAAAUACAUCGACCGCAUCGGCAAAGAACCAGCGCCCAUGAAGGCCGACUACCACGAGCUCAUCAAGACGCAACUGGUCUACAUCCUUGUCGAUGAAGAGAGCGGUGCAGUGGUCGGUGCCAUUCUUCUUCGCCAUAAUUCUUCAGCGAGCGUACUGCACAUCAACAAUCUGGUCGUUGCACCGGAGGCCCAGGGCCGCGGCUACGGUCGAGUUUUGAUGAAGAGCGCCGAGGACGUCGCUCGAGCUUUCCUCUGCACUUCUCUGCAACUGUAUACCAAUGUUAAAAUGUAUGAAAAUCUCACCUUGUAUCCAAAGAUGGGUUUCACGGAGACGGAGAGGAAGACGGAGGACGGGUACGAAAGGGUGUUCUUUCGUAGGAAACUGGAUGGCGCCUAG